UGUACGUACAGUAUCUUUCUCGAAAGCGCGACUGUAAUUAAUACAGUAAAUUCUGUCAAGCACAAAUUCGCAUUUCACAUAAUAAAUUUUACUAAAUCGACAUGAUUCUCACCUUUCUCUUCUACUUUGCUGCAUUGGGCAUCGUCGCAAAUUCAGCUCAACAAUGUUCUCCGUCCCUUCCAACCACUCUACAAGGCGUAGGCGGGGACACACCUAAACAGGCUGAUGGUGUUUGGUAUGUCUACCGAAAAAUGGGAGGAAACUAUUCCACAGCAGCGCAGAUUCAAAUCACCAGCGUGGCGCCGUAUCCCGAUCCGGUCACCAGUCAACCAGGAUAUCUGCAAUGGUGGCAGAUCGUUUCUGAUACAGCCGGUGCACCGUGUCAACAUCAGUUCUGGACAGGGUCGUAUACGAAUGGGGGGAUGCAAAUCGGUGAUCUGGGUGGAUCUGAUGAUAACUAUAUUAUGCGUCCAACUGAUUUCGUGGUCUUGUAUCAUGAUUAUCAGAACCUUAUGGUGACUUACGGGUGCAGUAAGUCCCAAGCGGAUAAUGUCCACUGUGCCACAGCCACCAUCAUAGCUCAAACCCGAAAACGUCCAGACCAACUGUCGGCAUCGGAAAUGGACAAUUUUGAUAGCAUUAUCAACUCCGUCUUCUCCAAAUACUGCGUGACGGUGCAGACUAUACCGAAGGACGUAUAUGGGCCAAAGGGCACCUGCACUGCGAUCGACCCGCCGUUCUGCGUUGCUCAGGAUAUUCAAGGAAUGAAGAACACCAUAAUAAACGCCACAAGUCCACCGGCAACCACGAGUUCGCCAAACUAUGGGAGCAAUACUCCGACGACUACGGGCUGUAAAUGGCCAAAUGCGUUUCCCUCACAAGGCGUAGUGAACAACAAGCUGAUGGACGGGAGGUUCUAUAUAUGGCGAAGAAUGUUUGCACCCGAAGCAAGUCCAGUAAAUCAACAAGUUGAUUUCCACGAUGUGGGAGCCUCCGCUUCUCCUCUGAUCAAUGCUACAGCUCGCACUAUCUGGGCCGAAUACGCUAACUAUGCCAGUGCUAAUUCUAGCCAAUGUGUCAACGGUUUAUUUGUGGGACAGAUUCAAGAUACCGGGCUUUUAACCGGACUCGUCAUCCCGUACACAGCUGAUGGAGCUCCGCAGCCUCUCACCGCGAUGUUUUUGUAUGCUGACACCACGCAGCUCUUGUUUUACGGUUGCGGCGCGCAGAAUCUGCAGACCGGCAUCUGCGAUGCGCCGGUUGUUGCGCACUGCACUAAGGCCAACCCGUUGCAAAUGACCCAGACUGAGAAAGAUGCCUUGGACGCCCUAGAGGAUCGCUUCCUGAGUCAAUACGGAUGCAGCGCUGCCAAAGAUGUUCCGUUGAUUUUUCAUACAUCGGACAAGCCGCUGUGCCCGAUGACACCACCGACAGAUUGCAUGCAAAAUCACAUCACAGGAUACCAACAAGUCCUAGCGUCCAUGAACGCGGGCAGCGGUUAUUCUUAUUGAUGCGCAAUAAAACGAUAUUCCAAUUUUUGUACAGCCCAGAAAAGUUUUAACAUAGAUAUGCUGGCCGGGCGACAAAGUGUGGAAGUUUACUGCCAUAACGAUAUGCUACGGCACUUGUACUGUGGUCAUGCUGCCUUCAGAAACUGUCCAACAGACCCUGUUUAUACAAACCUACGGUCUGUGCAAGACCCACAGCAUAUUUCUAGACUUUUUGGAAAACAUUUUUGCUAAUAUCUUACCUAUUUGUGGGCUUGAAUUUGUCAGUUUUGUUAUU